AUGAGUACGGCUGCAAAAGGAUAUAGUGGAUAUAAUUCAUUUUUGGAUAAAUAUCGAACAAAUUUGAAUACAAAAGGAGGUGAUUAUGGACAACAAUCCGGUUACAAUAGUCAACGACCGCAGUAUGCCUCAACACAACAACAACCACAACAAUAUGGCAAUAAUGGAUAUGAUACAUCAACGUAUAGAGCAUCUGGCAAUGUAUUGCACGAUGAACGUUUUGGAAAUGAAAUAUUGGCACGUGCUGGACCAAGCGCACACUAUCAACAUCCAGAAUAUCGUACGCAUGAAGUCAUUGCACCAGAAGGUCGAAUGGACAAUCUUGAUGUUCAACAUGAUCAUGAUCCAUUGCAUGUUGUUAAACCUGUUUCGCAAGAUGUUCAUUACAAACAACAUGUUAAUGUUCGAUUUUUGGAACCUCCACCACCAGCAGAGCCGGCUCCGAUUAUCAUAAAAGAACGACAUGCUCCGUCACAACCACCACCACCUCCGAUUGUUAUUCGUCAACGGCCACCAACUCCACCUACUCCUCCACCUCUAAUUAUUCGGGAAAGACCACCGACUCCACCACCACAACAACAACCUCAGAUCAUCGAAAAGAUCAUUCCUGCGCCUCCACCUCAACCGCGUCAAGUAAUCGUUGAGCGUUUACCACCCCCACCACCAAAACCUCGACAUGUCAUCUAUGAAAAAUGGUUACCGUACGAAGACACAAAAGAACGUCCGGUUAUUGUUGAAAGAGCUCAACCAGCCGAGAUAUUAAGACCACCAAAAAAUGUUAUUAUUGAAUAUGAACGUCCAAAAGCACAUCAUGAACAAAUUAUAACUGAUGAAGGAGUAUUUCGUGCUGAUCCCUCUACUCAUCAUGCAACAUCUACCAUUGGUGAGGUACGUGUUGUCGAUAGAAUAACAGAUUUACCAGUGAAUUAUUCAAAAUAUUUAACAAAUCGUUCACGUCCUCCAUCAUCAUCAUCCAGUCCUAAUUUAGCAUAUUCAAAUCAAAUGCAACAACAAAAUCAACCACAAUUUAAUCAAACAGAGCCUGUAUCACAAUAUCGAACAACAACAUACAAUUAUCCAGGUGCCUAUACAACAACAUAUCGUAGUUCAUACACUCAUAAUAAUCCAAAUCAAUUCAUGUCGGGACAAUAUGGUGGUGGUAACGAUGGCAAUGGAUCUGCAGCAUACUCAAAAUACGUUUAA